UCUUUGUACAGUAGACGUCCAUCCUGCAACGACGAUCCUGCCCAGAAUGCCCAGAGCGGCAGGUGGCGCUCUUCCAUCAACUCGACACUCCUUAUUACCGGGAGCAAACGCCUCUGCGCCACAGUAAUGCAGACUGAAUACGCAAUGUUGGCUGGUAUGAAACACCCCGCGCGCCGAAGGCCAGAGGGCAAGAGGGCCAUGGACCAGUCGUGUCCUGUUUCGCUCCCAUGUCUUUACAACGUCCUGCCAGACAGGACUGCAAAACACCAGCCAAGACGCGCAAGAGCACGCGUUUCGAUCAAGGCACCAUCGUUUGACGUGGCCAGACCUCAAACAGGCGCUGACGUCGUUUGGGUUCCAGACAUGCUAGCCAAGUCUGGACAAGCGAUGAGAGCCUGUUUUGACACCGCAACGCGCCAAGCUGAUACCAAUCCCGACAGUCUCGGUUCACCCCUUCGUAUUCUGACGCGUCUCCCUCAAAGGCCGACAACCUUAUCGUUCUUUUGCUCUUCUUUGACCGCACUUCCGUCGCAACUCAUCACUCCAACUAGGUCCAAGGAUGAGACUCGCGACGCGGGCCGAAGGGCCAAAGAUGACCAUUUCAUUGACUGGACCCCGGGUUUCUUGACCCCGAGUUUGGUUCAAACGAGAGUGAAACUUCAGUGCCUCCUCCUCCAGUUGUUGAAGGCGAUGAGAUCACGUCUUAAUCACAUCGCGCCUCCUGCCCCUCCAAACGCGAGAGAGACGCGACCUUAGGUGGUUACUGAUGGUCGUCCAGACCCGGCCGAGACGCAACAUUAUGCUUCUCACUGACUGUUCCUCCAUCCGCGACCGAGACGCGACCGAGACGCGGCGUUAUGGUACUUUUGCCCUUAAUCGUCACUCCAGCUGGCGUUGCAGCAAGGCGGUAU